AUGAAUCAGGUCCUAUUUCACUUUAUCAUGCAGUAUUGUAAAAGAAGCAGUGAGGAUGGCACUGUCAAGUUGGUCCUUGCGCUAUGCUUUCCUUGUAAGGGAUUGAUGGAAGCGCUUACAAUCUGUCAAGGCAAUGAUACGCCGUGUACGUGA